AGGAGCGCUGAACAGGAAGGCGGAAGGGGAAAUAGGCGGUUGCCGGAAGUAAGAAGGAAUUGUGUCGUUGCUGCUGUUGUUGAGGCGCUUGCCGGUGGUUCUCUGUUUCCCUGGGCUCCGUCGCUCCUGGGUUCGCCAUGGUCUGCGAAAAGUGUGAGAGAAAACUGGGUACUGUAAUUACACCGGAUACAUGGAAAGAUGGUGCAAGAAACACUACAGAAAGUGGUGGGAGAAAAUUAAAUGAAAACAAGGCAUUGACGUCAAAGAAAGCAAGGUUUGAUCCUUAUGGCAAAAACAAAUUUGCGAUAUGCCGAAUUUGUAAAAGUUCAGUUCAUCAGCCAGGCUCCCACUACUGCCAGGGAUGUGCAUACAAAAAGGGCAUCUGUGCGAUGUGUGGGAAGAAAGUCCUGGAUACGAAAAACUACAAGCAAACAUCUGUCUAAUUAUAUAUUGUGACCUUUUUUAUUGACCAGUUUUGAAACAGUCAACAAACAUUAUCAGCACUGAAAAUAUUUUUAAAAGAUGAAAGACUCCUAAAUUUUGCAUGACCUUUUAGGCUUCAUUAUUCUACUUUUGAUUUUAAAUCCCAGUGAUAGCCUUAGCUCAUGUUUUUAUGGUUAGAUAGUAAAAGAGAUCUGGAAUAUCUUGUCAACUUGUUACAGUCAAAAUCUUCAUUUGUGAUUUUUGAUAUAGUGAUAUAAAUAGUGUUGUGACCAUGGUACUUCAGGGUCCAGUUAUAAAAAUAUCAACAGAAUAAUUUUAUAAUUUUUCACAACCUAAAAUCUGAGGAAAAACUGAAAAUGUUUAACAUUUCAGUCAUUGCCACAGUUAUUCUUAUAGCAGGACUUAGAAGCUGAAUUGUGAGUUUUAAGUUCAUCAACAGUAGAAGAUCUGCUGAUGAAACAAAGUUGGCAUAAAAGAACUAAGUAUGCAGAUUUGCAUCUAAGUGUACAGAAUAAUACCCAGCCCGUGCACACCCAAACAGAACAGCAGAAGCUCUGUUAGUUAUAUUUUUCCUGGAUAAAAGCAGAAAGCUGUUGAGCAUCAGACAGGUGGUGGGCUUCAUUCAACUCAAUGGGCACACAUUCUGAGGGCCUGAUAGUAAAUACACUGCUACAAACACUACCAGCAUUAUUACUGUUAAUCUGGUUUUGUUGAGCUGAAACCCAAGGUUGAGUCAAUGCAUGGAUUAGUCUUUAGCCUCAAAACUGGUCUUGAGGCAUUUAUUGUACAUAGAGGAGAAACUGUAAAUAAAUUGUACCCAGUUUGUUGCAUUAAAACAAAGGGGCAAUUGCUCCUAUUAUUAAUGGGU